CUAACAUCUCGUGGGCAUUUUAUGCUGCCAUUCUACACCCCAUAGUUCAUAGAACUUGGUUUCUGGGCUUACGCACUGUUGCUUGAGGGUUGCAAACUCAUUUGUACGCCAGCAGUGCAAUCUAUACAGGGCACCCCACCCCAUAUCGACCGGAAAGGAACUGGGAAAGUGUUACUCUGCAUAUUCCAACAAUCCUUUUUCCUAAUUGCUUACGCGGUAAAAGAAAGCUGUAGAAGAGGGAGAUAGAGCUAACGGCUAAAUUGCGGAAUCGCCACAAUCAUGUCGUCCACAUUCAGCUUUGGCUUUGCGGGGGAUGAUAUUGAUAUUGACGAAAAUGAUACCGGCGUUGUCUCUCAAGAAGGCUUUACUUUCCGACAAGGCAUUAGUGAUACCCUGCCCGAGUUGGUGCCAGCCAGGCGUCAUGAUAUGUCAGAGUGGAUUCCCUCACUUCCCUCUCAAAUCUCGUACAACAAGCUUGCCAUCCCUACUUCUCAGCAUGGAAGCCCAGGGAAGCCGGUGACGCUUGCACGCCGGGAUGUAUACGACAUUCGAACCCAGCUGAUGGCAGAAGACACUGCCGACGACAGAGAAGACAACUAUGAGCUGAUCACGGGGCUUGAAAAAGGCGACAUCAAGCCCAACUUCUACGAGGGCGGCUUUAAGACGUGGGAAUGUGCCUUGGACCUUGCGAAAUUGCUUCUCGACGCCAAUGCGAUGACGGAAACUGCCGGCAAAGGGCACUUCAUCGAGCUCGGGGCAGGCACUGCCGUGCCAUCCUUGGCCCUGUUCGCACAGCUACUAUCAAUGGAGCCCAAUGCUCAACGAAGGGUCCACUUCACAUUCGCGGAUUACAACUCCGCUGUGCUCCGUCUCGUCACUUUCCCGAACCUCCUUCUGACAUGGAACUACAUCGUCUCAGCACAGGGAAAGCCGCUCUCUGCCGAGUCUCUGUCGCCCGAAGAUGGGGCCACUGAGGAUGAAUUACUGGACAUUAGCCCCGAGCUUGUCGCCAGCUUCCAGAGAGACCUCGAAAGGCGAGGUAUCACUAUCGACUUCGUCUCCGGCGCUUGGUCGCCCGAAUUCGUGGACUUGGUGUUUUCAUCCGGUGAACAGGGUAGAAGCGAUGCGUUGAUUCUCGCAAGCGAGACCAUCUAUUCUCCUGCCUCGCUGCAAGCCUUCUCGGAAACGUUGCUUGCUUUAUUGCGUCGGCCUGCGCAGGAAGGAUUCUCAAGCAAGGCUUUGAUAGCGGCGAAGAAGGUCUACUUCGGGGUGGGUGGUGGGGUGGAUGAGUUCCUUGCUGUGGUCGGAGGGAUCAGUGGCGGCAACUUGAGGGUGCAAGAGCGACUAGAUGUCAAGUCUGAAGGUGUUGGAAGGGUCAUUCUCGAAAUCGUGCUUGGCUAGGAGUUUUAAUGCUCGGUAAUUCUGGUGCUGCCAUGAUGAAU